GAGGGGAAAAAAAGUCGGACUCGCUGUGUGCGCACAUUUCCAUACAAUCAGCUUCGUCCUUACACAACAACAGAUCGAUCCAUGUAGUUUAAAGAGCAGCGGCCUGAGGACUCCAGCAGAGGACUUGGAAGUAAAGGAUGUGAUUUUGAUUUUUGGCAGCUAGCGUCCCUUUUUUCCUCACCAUGGCGCAGCCGGCGGAGAAAGCCUAUUAUCGCUUUGUGGUGCUGUUCUUCAACUGUCUGCUGACAUUUGGCUCCUACUUCUGCUUUGACAUCCCCAGUGUUUUGCAGGAUCAGUUCCAAGGGAACCUGACAUGUCCCAAUGCGACGGUGAUCAAUGGGACAGUGGACUGUGUGGUGGGACUGGGGAUGAACCCUCAGCAGUACAAUCUCCUCUAUGCCAUCUAUGCUUGGACGAAUGCAGUAGUGGUGAUCCUCGCUGGGUUCCUGAUUGACAAAUUAGGAAACCGCUUCGGGGUGUUUCUGUUUUCUUUCCUGUGUGUUUUGGGAUCGUCCCUGUUCGCACUGGGUUCCCACUUCAGAGGAACUCCCUAUCUGCUGCCACUAAUGCUCACUGGCCGACUGCUGUUUGGAUCAGGCAAUGGAUCUCUGACCAUUGUUCAGAACCGCAUCACAGCCUUCUGGUUCAAAGGGAAGGAGCUGGCCUUGGCCUUCGGUCUGACCCUGGCUUUCUCACGCCUGGGCUCAGUCCUGAACUUCUUCCUCACCCAGAAGUUUGAAGAAAAAUACGGCAUGCAGUGGACACUUUGGGGUGGUGCGCUAUUAUGUGUGCUGGGCUUUACAUCUGCCAUCAUAGUCAGUGCCCUGGACAGGAUUGGAAUGAGGCAGCUGGGUCUUGAUGGAGCCAUCCAAGAGGAAUCUCGCAAAGUGAGGAUUCAGGAUGUGAAGCUCCUGUCGCUAAGAUACUGGCUCCUGGUUCUCACCAUCAUGUUCUUCUACAACGGCAUCUUCCCGUUCAUAGCAGAUGCCAGUAAGUUCAUUCAGGAUAAGUACACUGACUACAGCCAGAAGGAGGCGGCCUAUAUCGCCGGGGCAGUUUAUGACAGCUCACUGGUCCUCUCAGCCAGCGUGGGCAUUCUCAUAGAUUAUGUGGGUCUGCGGGGCAUUUUUGCGGUGGCCUGUGCUGUCUUCACGCUGCCUGUGUUUGGACUCCUGGCCUUCACUUUCGUCCCUCCCCUGGUCUCCACCAUAUGGCUGGGAGUCACCUACUCCUUCGCUGCUGCUAGCAUGUGGCCGUCCAUUCCCCUCGUGGUGCCUCAGUCGACCCUGGGAACAGCCAUGGGCCUGGCCACAUCCAUCCAGAUGGUUGGGAUUGGGGUCUCCAAUCUGGUUGUCGGACAGAUUUUAGGUACCAAGUCUAGUGAAACGAAGAUUCCGUUGUGGCGUUGGCAGAAGAUGAUGAUCUUCAUGUUGGCCAACACCAUCAGCUGCAUCGUCACCUCAGUGCUUCUCAACGUUGUCGACCACAGACAGGGUGGGACCCUGAACAAGACAACUAAGAAGUCAGGGCAGGCAGAGAGAGAAUCAGACAGAGAGCCACUCAACCAGGGAGAGGAAGAGCAAGAUGAGGACGAGGAUGAAGGGGCUGCCCAGUCUCGUUCAAUCAACUCAUAAGUUUUCAUUUUAACAUUUUCUCCAAGUUUGAACCUCUCACUCUCACACUCUUUAAUAUAUAUUUGUACCAGUGCCAGUUUUCAGGCUGGAUUUCGGUUUAUUCUACACCUCACUGAAACUUCAUUGUUUCUCAAUACUGUGUCUUUGGUUGCUACAGGGGGUGGUUGAGAAACUUAAAGGAUCAAUGCUAAACACUAUUGACACCCAAAUACUAUCCAUAUGUUUCAGGAAAUAUGCAGUAUUUUAGCAUUUAGGUUUUUAAAUAAUGUGGGUAAGUAGGGAAAAAGAUCAAAUUUCAACCAGAAAAGUCAAACAAUCCUUUCAACCUUUUUUAAUUUUUUUUAGCUGAAACAAAUAAAAUUUUAAUCGAUCUAAUCUUCACUCAGCUAUCGACUGCACUGCCUCAACUGAGUGUUCGGACCUAAUUGAGGUAACUACAUUACUUGGAUGUUUGUGUAAAAACGCAUGUCAGUGUAGUGUUUGUUUUUUAUGGUUUUCUUUAAUGAAACAGUGAAAUAUUUGUAACUCUUCUCUAUAUGUUUGUGUUUAGAGAUUUCACUAUAUAACCGAAUAAGGGAAUUUUAUCUAUUUUACAUAAAACAGCAAAAAUAAAAUGCUCUUCACUAUUUUUGAAAGUGGGAUCUUUACCAAGUGUAUAAAAAAAUAAGCUUGAUACUUACACGUUUGCUUGGUACCAUUGAGCUGGUGGUGGACUGCGCAUUGCAGUCAGUAGGUGGAGCUCAUUACACAUUUUUGCAAUGGAAACACAUCAGAUUAUGCAGUCAGUGUGGAAUUGUGAAGACUCCCUCAUCGUGUGUUAGUCUCUAUAUGGCUUUUACUUUUGGAUCUUUUAGUUCUAUGGUUCCUCAGUAAAUGGAUGUCAACAUAUCUAAAACCUUUCAGUGAGUCAGUGAGUGGGUUUUUCUGAUAGUCAGUCCUUCAUAUCACAUCCACCAGACUCAACAACUGCAAGAAUGGGGCCUUCAUUAAAAUAGCUACAAAUAACUAUGGCAGUACAACAUGUUUAGGAUACACACAUUUUCCUCCUACACCCUGUUCCUCUGGAAUAUGAUAAAGUGUUAUCAAACUGGUGACUUGGAACAACCUAUAUAUGUACAUAUUCCUUGUUUUUGCUACAUUGGUGCAAAUGUAUAUUGCUGUUCUGGUUAUUUUACCAGUACCAUUUCUUUCUACCCUCUUUUAUUUGUGGCAUUAAGACAGCAGCCACUACUAAGUAUUAUGCAUAAGUACAUACAGUACUUAUCCUCCAAAAUUAUACUAUUUUUGAAGGAUUUACAGACAGGCAAAAUUUGAUGUUGGCAAGUCUACUUUAACUUUUAUUUGUUUGUUCCUAUGGGUAAAAACAUGUAUUUUUUCAUUUGUAUAAGAAUGGUGAAAGGACAGGUUUUUGCUGCUCAGUUUUUGAUCUGUUUUGAUGAGACUAUUUUUCUAGAAAAUGUUACCUGGUCGAGUUUUGCGCUUGUGCCCAUUUUGGCAUAGAAUCAACGUACUGUGUAUAUCUCAAUAGUUUUUAGCACUGAAAUUCAGUAAAUAAAAUGAGAGAGUGUCUAAAUUGA